GACAAAGACAUGACUCUGUCAACAAAUUGUGUAUGCUAAACGCGACUAUCAAAGCAGCCCUCAGAUUUUCCCCUUCCUUUAUUCCUGCGGCUUUUUCGUUUUCUCUGUUUGCAAACUCAUCAAAAUACAAGCCUCGUCGUUCUUCAUUCGUAAUGGCAAACCGGCAUACUAUUAUUCUCAUGCAAACAUCUCAGAAUAGAGCAACUCGCACUUUCAUGGAUUACGAAUCAAUAAGCCAAGCUAUGGACGGAAUUUGUGCUUUGUAUGAGAGGAAACUCAAGGAAUUGAACCCAGCCAUCAGAGAAAUUACUUAUGAUAUUUCAGAUCUUUACAAUUUCAUAGAUGGCCUUGCCGAUAUGAGUGCACUAGUGUAUGAUCACUCACUCCAGGCUUACCUGCCCUAUGACCGACAAUGGAUAAAACAGAAAACAUUGCAACACCUGAAAAGGCUGGCAUCACAUUGACUAUUGUUUUAGAGGCUAGUUUCUAUCUACCAUAUUCAGUUAAUUUCCUAUUGCCUUUUAUGAAGAAAAGGCCAUGAACUGGAGGGUCAGAGUCUGGAGUAAGAAUCUCUUACAAUGGGAACACUAUGUAUGAUAUGCUUCUUUUCCCUGAAAUCCAAAUCCUAUUUGCAAAAGUUCAACUGGAAACCAACUGUUGUCGGAACAGCACGCUGUAGUGGCCUUGCAAUUUGAAUCGUGGAUGUAUAAUUUGCAUAGUUCCGUAAAUUGUACGAGCAUUUUGAACGUGAUAGUGAUUUUAUGAAACUUCCUGUACUUUUCAGCUACUUAUAGUGGAUAUAUAUACAAGUUUAUCUAUGAUAAAUGAGUGUGGUUUCUUGUAAA